AACCCGUGUGCCACCGGAUAUAUCCGGUAACUCCACUUUGAUUACUUUGCCCAGAAGGAUUACAGGAUUCAGUUUCACUUCGAUUUCAAACGCCAAACACAAUCACCUUUCUGUAGAAAAAGUUAACUUUUUAUUUCCAUUUCUACCGGUCCAAGAGGCCGUUUCAACUCACCUUCUCAACUCGGUCUCUAGGGUUUUGGCCUCGCGAUCGAGGGUUCAGCUAGAAAAUGUCUCGAGCAGAGGAUCUCUGGGAGCGGUUAGUACGGGCUGCAUUAAGGAGGGAAAGAAUUGGGACUGAUGCACUUGGCCGACCCGUUGGUGGCAUUGCUGGAUAUGUUCCCUCUUCACUUGCAAACAAUAGGGAUAUUGAUGCAAUUUUGAGGGCUGCUGAUGAAAUUCAAGAUGAAGAUCCGAAUGUCUCUAGAAUUUUAUGUGAGCAUGCUUAUUCACUUGCACAAAAUCUGGAUCCUAAUAGUGAAGGAAGAGGUGUUCUUCAAUUCAAGACUGGUUUGAUGUCUGUCAUCAAGCAAAAGCUUGCAAAGAGAGAUGGUGGGGUCAUCGAUAGAAGCCAGGACAUUGCUCGCUUGCAAGAGUUCUACAAACUCUACAGAGAGAAGAACAAUGUAGACAAGCUACGAGAAGAAGAAAUAAAGUUGAGGGAGUCUGGCACAUUCAGUGGAAAUCUUGGCGAGCUGGAACGAAAAACAGUGAAGAGGAAAAGAGUAUUUGCAACUUUGAAGGUUUUAGGUUCGGUACUUGAGCAGCUGACUAAGGAAAUUCCUGAAGAGCUGAAACGAUUGAUCGAGUCAGAUGCAGCUAUGACUGAGGACCUAGUUGCUUAUAACAUUAUUCCGCUGGAUGCUUCAACUAUAACAAAUGCUAUUGUGGCUUUCCCUGAGGUGCAAGCAGCAGCGAAGGCUUUAAAGUAUUUUCCAGGCCUGCCUAACUUGCCCGUUGAUUUCCCUGUUCCUGCUACAAGGAAUGCUGACAUGCUUGAUUUUCUGCAGUUUGUUUUUGGGUUUCAGAAAGACAAUGUCUCCAACCAGCGGGAACAUAUAGUUCACCUCCUUGCGAAUGAGCAAUCUCGCCUUCGUAUACCCGAUGAAACUGAACCGAUAUUGGAUGAGGCUGCUGUACAAAGGGUGUUCUUGAAGUCGCUGGAAAAUUACAUUAAAUGGUGCAGCUAUUUAAACAUUCAGCCUGUUUGGAGCAAUUUGGAGUCUGUUAGCAAGGAAAAGAAAUUGCUCUUCCUUUCACUGUACUUUCUGAUAUGGGGGGAAGCCUCAAACAUUAGAUUCAUUCCAGAAUGCUUGUGCUAUAUAUUUCAUCACAUGGUAAGGGAAAUGGACGAGAUUUUGAGACAGCAAAUUGUGCAGCCUGCAAAUAGUUGCAAUUCUGAGAAUGGUGUAUCUUUCCUUGAUAAAGUUGUUACUCCUCUAUAUGAGGUUGUUGCAGCGGAAGCGGGAAAUAAUGAGAACGGGCGAGCUCCUCAUUCUGCUUGGAGAAAUUAUGAUGAUUUUAAUGAGUAUUUUUGGUCGCUUCACUGCUUCGAACUUAGUUGGCCAUGGCGCAGGAAUUCAUCCUUUUUUCAAAAACCAAAACCAAGGGCAAAGUAUCUGCUUAGAACUGCUGGAAGUCAACGUCGAGGGAAAACUUCAUUUGUUGAGCACCGGACAUUUCUUCAUCUUUACCAUAGUUUCCAUCGUCUGUGGAUAUUUCUUGUUAUGAUGUUUCAGGGACUCACCAUCUUUGCUUUCAAUGGAGAAAAUUUCAACUCCAAGACCCUACGGGAAGUUCUGAGUCUUGGUCCAACAUUUGUAGUGAUGAAGUUUUUUGAGAGUAUAUUAGAUGUUAUCAUGAUGUAUGGCGCUUAUUAUACAACGCGGCGUGUAGCUGUUUCUCGAAUUUUUCUGCGUUUUGUUUGGUUUUGUAGUGCUUCAAUCUUCAUAUGCUUCCUUUAUGUGAAAGCUCUUCAGGAAGAAAGUAAACAAAAUUCAAAUCCGGUCAUUUUCAGAUUGUAUGUAAUUAUUAUAGGCAUCUAUGCUGGGAUCCAAUUUUUUAUUAGUUUCCUCAUGCGCAUACCUGCUUGCCAUCACUUGACUAAUCAGUGUGAUCAUUGGCCUAUAAUUCGCUUCUUAAAGUGGAUGCGUCAGGAACGGUACUAUGUUGGGCGUGGCAUGUAUGAAAGGACCAGUGAUUUUUUGAAGUAUAUGUUGUUCUGGCUUAUUGUUUUGAGUGCUAAGUUCGCAUUUGCAUACUUUCUCCUGAUCAAGCCAUUGGUGGAACCAACACAGAUUAUUGUGGGGAUGACGGAUAAUCUAGUGUAUUCGUGGCAUGAUCUUGUAUCUAAAAAUAAUCAUAAUGCCUUGACAGUUGCAAGUUUAUGGGCUCCAGUUAUCUGUAUCUAUCUUUUGGAUAUUCAUAUCUUCUACACUGUUAUAUCUGCCAUUUAUGGAUUCUUGCUUGGAGCAAGAGACCGUCUUGGGGAAAUUAGAUCUUUGGAAGCUGUUCACCGACUGUUUGAGGAGUUUCCUGGGGCUUUUAUGAAUACUCUUCAUAUUCCACUUCGCGACAGGAUAUCUGGAAGCGCUUCUAGUGAUGUUUUGGAGAACAGGAAGAUUGAUGCUGCUCGAUUCUCUCCCUUUUGGAAUGAGAUUAUAAAGAAUCUUAGGGAAGAAGAUUAUAUUACUUAUCAAGAAAUGGAGUUGCUUUUGAUGCCAAAAAAUUCUGGAAAUCUGCCCUUGGUACAGUGGCCUCUUUUUCUUCUUGCCAGCAAGAUAUUUUUGGCUAAGGAUAUUGCUGUAGAGAUUACUCAGAGCAGAGAGUCACAAGAUGAACUGUGGGAAAGGAUUUCUAGGGAUGACUAUAUGAAGUAUGCGGUUGAAGAAUCAUACCAUGCUCUUGAAUUUAUUCUAACAGAAAUAUUGGAAGGUGAAGGCAAGAUGUGGGUUGAAAGGGUUUAUGGAGACAUUCAAGCAAGUAUUGAAAAGAGGAGUAUUCAAGAUGAUUUUCAGCUAAAUAAACUGCACCUAGUUAUUUCUCGAGUAACCGCAUUAAUGGGAAUUCUGAAAGGAUCUGAGACACCAGAACUGCAAAAAGGUGCAAUUAAAGCUGUUCAAGAUCUUUAUGAUGUUGUGCGAUCUGAUUUCCUUUCUGUCAUCAUGAGGGAGCACUGUGAGACGUGGAAUGUACUGUCCGAAGCAUGGUCUCAAGGCCGUUUGUUUACAGACUUGAAGUGGCCUAGAAACAAUGAAUUGAAAACACAGAUCAGAAGAUUGCAUGCACUUUUAACCAUCAAAGAAUCUGCUUCAAAUAUUCCCAAAAAUAUUGAAGCGAGACGUAGGCUAGAAUUCUUUACAAAUUCCCUUUUUAUGGGUAUGCCUGAGGCAAAGCCAGUCCGUGAAAUGCUGUCUUUCAGUGUGUUUACUCCUUACUAUUCGGAGAUUGUUCUUUAUAGCAUGGCUGAACUUCAAAAGAAAAAUGAGGAUGGAAUAUCAAUUUUGUUUUACCUCCAGAAAAUAUUUCCAGAUGAGUGGAAGAACUUUCUUGCUCGAAUUGGCCGUGAUGAAAAUGCUAUGGACACAGAACUCUUUGAUAGUCCUAGUGAUAUCCUUGAACUUCGGUUUUGGGCCUCUUACAGGGGACAAACGCUAGCCAGAACAGUUCGUGGAAUGAUGUACUAUAGAAAAGCUCUUAUGCUUCAAAGCUACUUGGAAAGAGCAACCGCUGGGGAUAUGGAAUCUGCAAUUUCAAGUAAUGAUGCAACUGAUACUGGAGGUUUUGACUUGUCUCCUGAGGCACGAGCUCAGGCUGAUCUGAAGUUUACAUAUGUGGUUACAUGUCAAAUAUAUGGAAAACAGAAAGAGGACCAAAAACCUGAGGCAGCUGAUAUUGCAUUACUCAUGCAAAGAAAUGAAGCUCUUCGUGUUGCUUUUAUUGAUGAAGUUGAAACUCUGAAGGAUGGUAAAGUACAGAGAGAAUUCUACUCAAAGCUUGUGAAGGCUGAUAUCAAUGGAAAAGACAAGGAAAUUUACUCCAUAAAGUUGCCUGGAAAUCCAAAACUUGGAGAAGGAAAACCUGAGAAUCAAAACCAUGCAAUUGUAUUUACUCGUGGAAAUGCGGUUCAGACAAUUGAUAUGAAUCAGGAUAAUUAUUUUGAGGAAGCCUUAAAGAUGAGAAAUCUUCUAGAAGAAUUCCAUCGUGAUCAUGGUAUUCAUCCUCCAACAAUUCUUGGUGUUAGAGAACAUGUUUUUACUGGAAGUGUCUCUUCUUUAGCUUCGUUUAUGUCAAAUCAGGAAACUAGCUUUGUGACUCUUGGUCAGCGUGUUUUGGCUAAUCCAUUGAAAGUCCGUAUGCAUUAUGGCCAUCCAGAUGUCUUUGAUAGAGUCUUCCAUAUAACUCGAGGCGGUAUCAGCAAGGCUUCUCGAGUUAUCAACAUUAGUGAAGACAUUUAUGCAGGGUUCAAUUCAACUUUGCGCCAAGGGAAUAUUACUCAUCAUGAAUAUAUUCAGGUUGGCAAAGGACGAGAUGUUGGUCUCAACCAGAUUGCUUUGUUUGAAGGGAAGGUUGCUGGUGGCAACGGUGAGCAAGUUCUUAGUCGGGAUGUGUACAGGCUCGGGCAGCUCUUUGAUUUCUUUCGAAUGAUGUCAUUUUACUUUACUACUGUGGGAUACUAUUUUUGUACAAUGUUAACGGUGCUGACUGUAUACAUCUUCCUCUAUGGGAAGGCAUAUUUGGCACUAUCUGGAGUUGGCGAAGAAAUUCAAGUAAGAUCUGAUAUACUACAGAACACUGCCCUCAGUGCUGCUCUAAAUGCACAGUUCCUCUUUCAAAUUGGUAUUUUUACUGCUGUGCCAAUGAUUUUGGGCUUUAUCUUGGAGCAGGGUUUUCUGAGGGCCAUUGUCAGUUUUGUCACAAUGCAGCUUCAGCUUUGUUCUGUCUUCUUCACAUUUUCAUUGGGCACUAGAACACAUUAUUUUGGUCGAACCAUUCUUCAUGGUGGUGCAAGGUACCAUGCCACUGGUAGGGGAUUUGUGGUCCGCCAUAUUAAAUUUUCUGAAAACUAUAGGCUCUAUUCCCGCAGUCAUUUUGUUAAAGGGCUAGAAGUUGUGCUUUUGCUGGUAGUAUACCUUGCAUAUGGAUAUAAUGAAGGUGGUGCACUGUCUUACAUUCUUCUUACAGUUAGCAGUUGGUAUAUGGCUCUUUCUUGGCUCUUUGCUCCCUAUUUGUUUAAUCCAUCUGCGUUUGAGUGGCAAAAGACAGUAGAGGACUUCAGGGAUUGGACAAAUUGGCUUCUUUACAGAGGUGGAAUUGGGGUUAAGGGAGAAGAAAGCUGGGAAGCAUGGUGGGAUGAAGAACUGGCACAUAUCCGUACUUUGAAAGGGAGAAUACUGGAGACCAUUUUGAGUCUACGAUUCUUUAUUUUCCAGUAUGGCAUUGUAUACAAGCUAGAUAUACAAAAAUCAAAUACAUCAUUAGCGAUAUAUGGCUUUUCAUGGAUUGUUCUAGCAGUGCUUAUGGUUCUUUUCAAGGUAUUCACCUUCAGUCAGAAGAUAUCUGUCAAUUUUCAGCUUUUGUUGCGCUUCGUCCAAGGUGUCUCCUUCUUGUUGGCAUUAGCUGGUUUAGCUGUUGCAGUUGUAUUCACAGAUUUGUCAGUUCCAGACAUUUUUGCUUGCAUCUUGGCAUUUGUACCUACUGGAUGGGGAAUUCUAUCUAUUGCUGCUGCAUGGAAGCCUUUGAUGAAGAAGCUAGGAUUAUGGAAAUCCAUCCGCUCAAUUGCCCGUCUGUAUGAUGCCGGGAUGGGAAUGCUCAUCUUUAUUCCUAUUGCCUUAUUUUCAUGGUUCCCAUUUGUAUCAACUUUCCAAACCAGGCUCAUGUUCAACCAAGCCUUCAGCCGUGGAUUAGAAAUUUCUCUUAUUCUUGCUGGAAAUAACCCCAAUACUGGGAUAUGAUGAGAAUUCUCGGCAAAACUCGCUGGGGACAUGGUAAGACAGUGUCAUGGCUGGAAGGAAGACCUCUCCUCCAUGUUAAGUGCUGCUUCUGUAUCGACUUUGUGUACUAGCCUCUUCAUCGAUUGACGUUUUUAUGGCCCAUUGGUGCGUGUUAUUCUAUGUAAUAGAAAAAAAAAAUAAAAGUUUUGGGUGAAUAUUUAGGCUUGCUCCCCAUGUGUACACAAAUUCAUGACGGCUUGCAAUCCAACCAGGUAAUUAAAUCGAAGUCAGCAAUGAUUUGGUAGUGCUAAUGAUUUUAAAAACGCAUAUUUAUUAUAUUUCCUUGAUAUAUUGCAUUUA